AUGGCUAGUGAGGAGAGUUUUGUUGUUUUGGUUCACCACAGAGGAUCCAUUAAGAGGAAAACUCGUUCCGGUGUGAAGUUCACAUAUAAGGAUCCUCUCUGUAUUGUCGUGAGUCCUACGACGAGCUAUGAUGACCUUGUUAGAUCUGUGCUGAUGAAACUUGGUCAGGAAGGUGCGAAGCGGGUUAAGAAGUUUUACUAUCGCAUUCCAGUCACGGUCCUCCAGGAUAUCGUGAAGUAUGAUUGUUUCACGAUCAGUAGUGACGAGGACUUACAAGUCAUGUUUCUUUGUCGGCGGCAGUUUCCCGAGGUAAGGACACCAGAAUUGUUGGCAAAGCUGCUUGAUGUGGUAUCUAGCUCCGGGGGUUCGAACCGGAAUACCACAACUUUAGCCACGGCAGCCGGUUCUAGUUCCAGGCCUGCCGUUGCUUCUACCUCUGUUCCUGAGUACGAGCCACCGGUCCAACCUCUCGCCUCCCCCUCUUUUGCUGUUGAUCUCAAUGGCAGCGGAGGGGACGAGGGCGUUGCACUGCUUGGCGUUGGAGACGGAUUGUUGGGUGAUGCAGAGGAGGAUGACGUCGAGCCGGAUAUGAUUGACGAUGAUAGCGGGGAUGAUAUUGGAGCGAGUGACCCUGCAUUGGCGGUAGGUGGGUCUAGCUCUGGCACACAGCAGUAUCCACCACAUUUUUCCACCUUGGACUUGGAUGCCAUGAGGCAGGAGGGGGUUGCUGGGCACUCUGUUGGAUUUGGAGCUAGAGAUGCGAAAGGGACUGCUGGUCUGACAGAGUUUCAGGUUGGUCAGCAAUUUCAGGAUAAAGAUGAGGCCCUGUUAAGUGUGAAGACUUACAGCAUCCGGCGAGGGGUACAGUACAAGGUAGUGGAGUCUGAUUAUCGCCGGUAUGUGGGCAAGUGUUCAGAGUUUGGGAAUGGGUGCACAUGGUUGAUUCGACUGAGUCUCCGGUAG